AUGGCCCACCUAUUUGGCGAGCCAGUCCCAUACGACGCUGAGCAGAGUCAGCGCAUAAAGAAAAGAAGGUAUCUCUCACGCUCAGAUGAAGAAAUUCAAGACGAGAUGGACAAGGGAGGGUUAAGCUACCGUGCUGGAUGGCCAAAUCUACCGCCUUUACCCGUCGAUACUAUCUUCACAGAUGCAUUCAAGUUAGUUCCAGAUGCCAGCAAGAGAAUCCAAGACGCGGUUGAUAUCCUAGAGACUCAAGGUGUCUCCAAUGGAGUACGGGGCUUCGCCUUUAGGGUUCCUCGCGAUGCACCAGACGAUGACGAUCUUUCUCCGUACCUGACCCUCCUCUGUCCCAUCGACAUGCGCAAAAGCUCGAAUAUCGUUGUGCACGCUAUCACCAGAAUCCGAUCGGAAUUCAAGAAGCACGAAGCUGCGCAGGUUAUUCAGAUCGAGUUUAUUGAUUAUCGUGCCCUCGACUCUCUCCGCAACUUCCCUAUCCAUCACAAUGACUCAGACAUUGCCAAGAAAUGGGAAGGAGUGGUAUUGCCGGUCAUCCUUGAGCUGUUGAAAGAACAUGAGUGGCUCUCCCUAGAAAUGUUACGCCGCGGUCUAGACGAUACUCCCAAAGAAUGCCCUCCAACCGUCGUGAUCACAACUCCAACUGCGCGCGACUCAAAAUGGGCUACGACCAUCAAGCCAGCAAUCACAAAAGCCAUUAAAAAGAUCGACCGUGACUUCGAAGUCGAAAUCCUCUGUGGCGUGUCACUUCUGGCUGGCAAAAGGAAAUACGAGCCCUCAGACUUGGUUGAUGGGAGGGCAUACGAAAAGGUCGUUCGUAUGGGCUCUUCUAUUGGCAUUUCCGGCGACCCAGAUGGCUGCAGCACUCUGGGAGGAGCUGUGACCCUUGAGGGUGGCAUCAAGUGCGGUAUUACCAACUGGCACUGUGUCAGGGACGACAGGCUUGACCAAGGUAUGACUUCAUCCAGCCUCAUCGAUAUUCAAACUAACUUCAAUGCAGUUGUUUCACGGACAAAAGACAAAACUCUGAGUUGCGGCAACAAGACAUUGAGCAACGUCCCUCAACGCAUCCUGUCUCCUUCGACGUUUGACCAUCACAGUCGCCAAGCUCAGCUGAACGCAGCGAUCAAGAUCUUUGCAACCAGUGUUGCUCCGGGACAUGCCGUUUACGAAGAUUUGAAGAAAAAGGAUGAAUGGAGACUAAAUGAGGAGGCACAAGCGGAUCGCUACCUUGGUCAAGUCUAUGCAGGUUCAGGCCGCAGGACCAUUGCAGCCCCCAAGUAUGCGACAGACUUCAAGACAGGUAAAUCCAAGGGCAAGCAAUGCCAAGAGCCUCAAUACAACUGGAUUUCAGACUGGGCUUUGAUACACAUCGACAACAUCAAGCAACGCGAUGUCGUCAACCAGUUACCUGAAACCGUGACCGGAAAAGUAUUGCCGCUGGUGCAUGAUAUGAUCUGCAAUCAAUGGUCGACUUUCAAUGUCAACCGAGAGCGAAUUACCGUUGCCAAGUUUGGACGCAGUACACAUCAGACCCGGGCAGUUAUCAACUCUACUAUUGUCCUCAUCGACCCUAGCGUAGAUGCGCAGAUCUCUAAAGUCUAUGGUUUCACUGACAAGUAUCGUGGAGCAUGCUAUGAGGUAGUCAAAGCCAAGGUGAAAGAUCCAGAAUUCCUCGACUUGGGCGACUCUGGCAGCAUAUUGUUGCAUUCAGAGUCUGGCACACAGCUUGGGUUGCUGUUUGGCAUGGGCAGCACUGGAAACGCCUACUUCAUUCCCAUGGGUCUUGUGAUUCAGGACAUUGAAAAUGUCACGGGAAAAAAGGUCGUGGAACCUGCUUUUGUUAGUAAGUGGUACUCUAUAUAG